GUUGGAGUCCCUGCUAAUGCCCUGCAAAGCCAGUGAGGAUAAACCUGUGAGCAAGAAGCCAGUCCUGCUGUGUUAGAACAUUGACUGUUACCCGCCUGGUUAAAUGGAAAAGGAUGGCUCAGUGGGGGGCCGUCUUCUCUAUAAUUGCAGCUCUUGGAGGAGCGGCGCUGUUGGCCUCUGUGCACAAAAUUGAGGAAGGACACACAGGAGUGUAUUACAGGGGAGGGGCGCUCCUUACUACCACCAGCGGCCCGGGGUUCCACCUCAUGCUUCCAUUCAUCACCACAUACAAGUCUGUACAAACGACCCUGCAGACGGAUGAGGUGAAGAAUGUCCCAUGUGGCACAAGUGGAGGAGUGAUGAUUUACUUUGACCGCAUUGAAGUGGUGAACUACCUCAUUCCAUCAGCAGUAUAUGACAUAGUGAGAAACUUCACAGCAGAUUAUGACAAAGCUUUGAUUUUCAACAAAGUGCACCACGAACUCAACCAGUUUUGCAGCGUUCAUUCACUACAAGAAGUCUAUAUCGGCCUCUUUGACCAAAUUGAUGAAAACCUCAAAUUAACACUGCAAGAAGAUCUAACAUCUAUGGCGCCUGGGCUUGUAAUACAGGCUGUCCGUGUCACUAAACCAAACAUUCCUGAGAGCAUACGCAGGAACUAUGAACUCAUGGAGAGUGAGAAGACAAAACUGCUGAUCUCCCAGCAGACGCAGAAAGUUGUGGAAAAAGAGGCAGAAACGGAGAGGAUUAAAGCCGUCAUUGAGGCUGAGAAAGUGGCGCAAGUCUCAGAAAUCAAGUUUGGGCAGAAAGUCAUGGAGAAGGAAACUGAAAAAAAGAUUUCUGAAAUUGAAGAUGGCGCUUUCCUGGCCAGGCAGAAAGCCAAGGCAGAUGCAGAGUUCUACACAGCACUGAGAGCUGCGGAGGCCAACAAGUUGAAGUUAACUCCGGAGUACCUGCAGCUGAUGAAGUACAAAGCCAUCGCAGCCAACAGCAAGAUCUACUUUGGAAACGACAUACCUCAGAUGUUUGUGGACUCUGGCACCGCAGGGAGCUCCAUCAAGGCCUCUGCAGCCCUGGAUGUUUUUAGCGAUCAGCUUAUAGAUCUGGAUUAAUGAAGAAAGUAGUUGGGCCCUCAGGACCGCCCAGGCAGGUGGAGUCUUAGCAGGCGGCAGGAGCCCACUGUCUAACAAAUAAUCCGCUGCCCAGGGCCAGUAUUUCUCAGGCAUUUCAUAUUCUAAGCAGGAAAUCCUACUGGAGGGAUAAAAUGAAAAGCUCAGCCCUAAGGAAAAGUCCUAGAAGGUUCUUUCUACUCUGUUCUGAUUCAACUUUAAAUAUUAACAAAGAAAAUAGGUUAAAAACAUUAAUCAGUUUAAGGUAAUUUAAUUAAAAACAUGACUUUAAAGAUUUGUUCUGGCUCCUGAACUUCUGAGGAUUUUACCCAGAUCUAAUGCACUUAUAUAAUCAAUGAAUAACUAUUGGUCAUUCUCUGUUUUAGCAGCUUCCUAUUUAGUCUUGUUUUUCAGGUCUAGUUAUUCAGUCUGUUAGUAAAACAAGCCGAUUCUUUAAGUGUGACUCAGCCAGAAAAGGGCAGGGUUGGGAAGCCUAUUCAUUUCCUUCAUGUGACUUCCUAUUAAAACAUUGAAUAGCUUGUUUUUUGUUGCCCAUAUCUCAACAUGUAUCUCGGUAUGCCACAUUAAUCUCAUAAAAUGCCCAGAAAUACCACACAGUUUACUUUUUAGGGCUGAUAAUUGACUCGUUUUUGCCCAGAAACCAACUAGAAUUAGUCCUAAUCUGUAAAAUGUCACCGUGUGUCUAAAUGUCCCAUAACUUUUAAUUGAUCCAGAUGUAGUCUAACCCGACACAAGGCUUUAAAGUGAAACCGAGAGAACUCCAAACCCCAAGUACAUGUGAUCCUGAUAAAAAAAAAAAGAAAAAGUUGGCCAGAAAAGGAUUUUUUCAAUAAUCA